CGCUGACGCCACCGCACCGCAUCUCCCUCCCAUUCCACUCCAGUCCACCACCGCUCCCAUUCCCCAGCCGCCGUCGCCAUGGCCAGCGCCGCCCACUCCCUUCUGCACACACCGGAGGCCCACAGGGCCGCCACCCGCUCGCCCUUCUCUCCUCCCGCGCCCACUCCCUUCCUCCAUCUCCGCCCUCACCGCCUCCCCCUCCGCCUCCGCUCCACCUCCCCGACCGCCUCCGACCUCACCGCCUUCCCCCCGAACCCGAACGGGAUCUUUGCGUCCGACCGGCCCAUCGACGUGGACGCCGCCACGGAGGCCGAGCUGCGGGAGAACGGGUUCCGGAGCACGCGCCGCACCAAGCUCGUCUGCACCGUGGGCCCCGCCACCUCGCGCCCGGACCAGCUCGAGGCGCUCGCCGUCGGCGGGAUGAACGUGGCCCGGCUCAACAUGUGCCACGGCGACAGGGAGUGGCAUAGGGCCGCCAUCCGCGCCGUCAGGAGCCUCAACGAGGAGAAGGGCUUCGCCGUCGCCGUCAUGAUGGACACCGAGGGCAGCGAGAUCCACAUGGGGGACCUCGGCGGCGCAUCCUCGGUCAAGGCGGAGGAUGGAGAAGUAUGGACGUUCAGUGUUAGAUCAUUUGAAUUGCCUCUCCCAGAACGAACUAUUAAUGUGAACUAUGAUGGAUUUGCUGAAGAUGUGAGAGUUGGUGAUGAGCUCCUUGUGGAUGGUGGAAUGGCUCGGUUUGAGGUGAUUGAGAAGAUAGGACCAGAUGUUAAGUGCCGUUGCACAGAUCCUGGUUUAUUGUUGCCACGUGCCAAUCUUACAUUCUGGCGUGACGGCAGUAUCGUCCGUGAGAGGAAUGCUAUGCUUCCUACAAUUUCAUCAAAGGAUUGGCUUGACAUAGACUUUGGGAUUGCCGAAGGUGUAGAUUUCAUCGCUGUUUCAUUUGUCAAGUCUGCAGAAGUAAUUAGGCACUUGAAAAGCUACAUAGCUGCAAGGAGCCGUGGAAGUGACAUGGCAGUCAUUGCGAAAAUCGAGAGCAUCGACUCUCUAAAGAACCUGGAGGAGAUCAUCCGAGCGUCAGACGGCGCCAUGGUAGCCAGAGGGGACAUGGGGGCGCAGGUUCCCCUGGAGCAGGUCCCCUCGAUACAGCAAAAGAUCGUUCAGCUCUGCAGGCAGCUGAACAAGCCGGUCAUCGUCGCCUCCCAGCUCCUCGAGUCGAUGAUAGAGUACCCCACGCCCACCAGGGCCGAGGUCGCGGACGUCUCCGAAGCCGUCCGCCAGCGCGCCGACGCCCUGAUGCUUUCCGGCGAGUCGGCAAUGGGGAGGUACCCGGACAAGGCUCUCAGCGUUCUGAGGAGCGUCAGCCUGAGGAUCGAGAAGUGGUGGAGGGAGGAGAAGCGGCACGAGGCGCUGGAGCUCCGGAGCGUCUCGUCCUCCUUCUCCGACAAGAUAUCGGAGGAGAUCUGCAACUCAGCAGCUAAAAUGGCUAAUGGCCUGGGAGUGGACGCCGUCUUUGUGUUCACCAAGACCGGGCACAUGGCCUCCCUGCUCUCGCGGUGCCGCCCCGACUGCCCGGUCUUCGCCUUCACGACGUCGACGUCCGUCAGGAGGCGGCUGAACCUGCAGUGGGGCCUGAUCCCCUUCCGCCUCGCCUUCUCGGACGACAUGGAGAGCAACCUGAACCGCACCUUCUCCCUGCUCAAGGCCAGGGGCAUGAUCCAGUCUGGGGACCUCGUGAUCGCCCUCUCGGACAUGCUGCAGUCCAUCCAGGUGAUGAACGUACCCUGAGGUAGAAGAGCCUUACCUUUACCUCCAUGCCGCACGGUCCCGUAUCGGAAGGAACACGCGUGUUAUCGGCACCUUGGAAGGACGGUUUCUUCCUUCCCUGCGCCUAAAUCGCUGCCCUUUGUUUUCGCUGUAUCAGAUGCUGCUAUGCUAUGCUAGGCUCUAGUCUGGCCCAGGGAACUGUGGCAAUAAUCUGUGGCUUUCAGGCUGGUGUUAGAACUCUUGUACUACUUGUAGGCUUAGGUGAUUUUUAUCGUGCAAGUAGUUGGUUUGAUGUUUUUGUGUGGUAUAAAAGCGACUCAAGCUAUGGGCCUAGGCCUCUUUGGUAUACCUUUUUUUUCUGAAGAGUU